CACAGCUAUCUGUCUCCAGCUGCAAUUCUAAAAUUCAACUAUUAAAAUAGCCAUAAAAUAGUGGUAUUGAUGAGGGGUGUUUUUGCAUGAAGAUCGUUGGAAAGGCUUGUUGUACGUAGCGGCAGAAACAGCAGAGGCAGAAAGAGAGGAGAGAGGGCGAGGGGAGUUGGUCUGAUGGGUAAAUGGAAGUGGGUGGGCCUACCGCGGACACAUUACUAACUUGAAUUAGAAUACAUUUUUUCAGUCGAUUUUUCCGUUAAUGGAAUUAACGCGCGUCGGUCGUUAAAGGGUGUUUUCGGUUGGUUUUGAGAGGCGUCGGACGCGGAAACCGGACCGUUUCCCGUUAUCACGGGAGGUUUGAUUGUUGCUCGAGUUUUGUACCGCCCUUCCUGCCGAGUGGGUGGUUUAGGUGCUAACCGGAGCGACGACACAGCCCAGCUCGAGCUAUUCGCGGAGAAAAAAGGCCGUCCUUACCCGGUGCUUUAGCCGGCCUUUCUCCCCUAGCCUCUCCUCUCUGGUUUAUGAAUGCGUUAUGAGUGAUCAGAAGAAGGAAGUGUCGGGAUCAGAAGGAGGGAAACCAGGCAAGAAAGGCAAACGUUCUGGAUCACAGGAUUCCCAGCCGUCUCCCCUAGCCCUACUGGCUGCGACCUGCAGUAAGAUAGGAGGUCAGGGAGGAGUGGAAGGACAGGUCCAGUUGCAAGCUGGUCAAAUACAGUUGCAGGGUGGGCAGAUCCAGGGUCAUAUAGUUGUAGACGCAGCAGGUAAUCAGACUCUGGUUCAGCAGCAGUUAGAACUGGUUCCUGCCCAGUUCACUGGUAAUGGCUGGCAGAUCAUCACUACCGCUCCCCAAAUGGCCAAUGACACUGCCAAUCAACCUGUCGCAGUAACGCUGGCCACCACUUCAGCCAAUGACAGUGCUCCGGCAGGCCGUAAGGUGAAGGCAGUGUGCGGGACUAAAACCAUAGCAGCCAAUCAGCAGCCUCAGCAGCAGCAGCAGUUCCAGAUCAUCCAGGUGCAAAAUAUGCCUUCGUCGGGGGGUGGGGUCCAAUACCAGGUGAUCCCCCACCUGCAGACGGCAGACGGCCAACAGAUCCACAUCAGCCCCCAGACCGCAUCCCUGGGGGGGCAGCACAUCCAGAUCAGUCCGGCCCAGGGCGGUCUACCAGAGCAGGUCCAGCUGAUCCAGACCCAGAACCAAUCCCAGACCCAGGCCAUCCUACAACCGGCCAACCAGCAGGCCAUCCUCACUGGCUCAGCCAAUCAGACGUUGCAGCUUCGUCCAGCCCAGUCCUUCCCGCUACAGAUGCAGACCUUACAGGGCUCCCAGACCCAGGUAAUGACUACAGUACCCAUAAACAUCGGCGGUAUGACCCUCGCCCUGCCGGUCAUGAAUAAUUUAGCGGGGGGCGGAGCCGUGCAGCUUAUCCAAGCAGCAGACGGCAGCUUUACCGUAGCUAACAGUAACCAGCUGGUGACAACAACGGCGGCGGCGGUGUCCGGGGCAGCUACCGGGUCAUCUGGCGGUACCAUAACAACUGUUGCCGGGUGCGAUGGAGCAUUGUCGGACGGAACACAGCUGAGUUCUGUAGCCGGGUCGGACGGAGGGGCGGAGAGAGACUCACAGAACCAACCCAGCGAGCAGGACUCACAGAACUCACAGAUGAGCCAGGCCAACGGACUACAGGGCCAAUCAGAUCCUCCAGGGACCAUCCAGCAGGUCAUCGUGGGACAGAUGGGCAACCAAGUGUUGCAGCAGAUCCAGAUCCAGCCACAGAACCAGAUCCAAGGCCAGCCGCAUCAGAUCCAAACCUUUCAGUUAGGACCAGGCGGGACCCUACAGCCCAUACAAGCCUUCCAGAACCAACAGAUUCUGAUCCGGACCCCAACCCUCUCCUCGUCGGGCCAGAUCACAUGGCAGACUCUGCAGCUCCCUGGGGGGAUGUCUGUGCCCCAGCAGCUGACCCUGGCCCCUGUGGGCGGAGGGGCUGUGGGAGGAGGGGGCUUCGUGCAGCUGGGGGGGGCUCCCCUGACGCUGAGUGCAGCCCAGAUCAACCCUGGGUCGGGGGUGCAGACGGUCAACAUCGCUGGACUGGGCACUGCUGGAGUACAGAUGCAGGGGGUACCCCUCACCAUCACUGGACUACAGGGUCAGCCGCAGGGUCAGGAGGGCGGGGUUAAGGUCCAGUCGUCCCCAGUAAAGGUAACCAUGGGUAACGUGGCGGGGUCGUCGCUAAGCCCAGACCAGGUGGGUUCUGUCCAGAGUGCAUCGGACCAGGAAGGACCACCCAGCAAGAGGCUCCGCAGGGUGGCGUGCUCCUGUCCUAACUGUAGGGACGGAGAGGGGAGGUACUACACACACACACACACACACACACACACAGACUCUCACUGUCUCUCUCUGACUGUGUGUGUGUGUUGCAGGACCAGUGGAGACCCGUCUAAGAAGAAGCAGCAUGUGUGUCACAUGGAGGGCUGUGGAAAGGUCUACGGUAAGACCAGUCACCUGAGAGCUCACCUCCGCUGGCACACAGGAGAACGACCCUUCGUCUGCAACUGGAUCUUCUGUGGCAAGAGGUUCACACGCUCGGAUGAACUGCAGAGACACAGACGGACACACACAGGUGAGAAGAGGUUUGAGUGUCCAGAGUGCAGUAAGCGUUUCAUGCGUAGCGACCAUCUCUCCAAACACAUCAAAACCCACCAGAACAAGAAGGGCGGGGCUUCUCUCGCCAUUAUCACCACUGAAGACAUGGAAGACUCCAACCAGGGUUUAGGCUCCUCCCCUCGCAUCGUAACUGUGGAGACACUCUCCCAGGACUCCGCCCCUGCCACUCCAACAGCCUCCUCGCCCAAUCAAAUGGAGGGAGAAGAGGAAGAGGAGGAAGAGGAGGAGUUUGAGUAGUGACCAGUGACCACUUCCUGUUUAGGGAUAAAGCAGGGAGAGCUAACUUCCUGGUUGGUCUCCAUGGUUAUGCUGUGGCUAUGGAGGUCAGGUGGUCUAUUUUUUUUAAAUGUUGUUUUCAAAAAGAAGAGAAAUAUGAUGAACUGAAUAUUACAUAAACAGAGGGAGGAAUCUGAAUCUAAACGAAUGAAUUAAUCUAACAACAGACUAAAGGUAUGAAUUAGUAGAAUGGUGUUUAUAACAGAAGGUCAGGGGAAAAGGUAUAAUAUAGAUUUAUAAUCUAAACUCGCACCCUAUCCCUUAUAUAGUGCACUACUUUUGGCCAGAGCCUUCUGAGUAGUUUAUGUAGGGAAGAGAAUGCCAUUUUGGAUUGGCUAAUUAAACUAGCACAAGACAGAACCCUGGAGUUGUAAAACAUCAAGAGGAGACAUUGGCUGUGUCCCAAAUAGCUAGGGUGCCAUUUGAAACACAGCAAUUGUAUCUCUAUGCACAAAGAUGUUCCUCUGCUAAUACUGUAAUGAUGAUUAUGAUGAAGAAGCAUGAUAUGUGGCACGGUCCAGACUGUAGGACAGAAAGGUGAGAGGAGCAGGGACAGGUGUGUGUAUGUGCGUGCAUGCGUGUGUGUGUGUGUAUGUGUUUGAGAGUGUGUGUCAAUGUAUCCCGGUUCAACAGGACUAUAGUUCAGGUAAAGACCAGUCUGAUAAACUCUUACUGAAGAAAGACAAGAAAAAGAGGAAUAGACCUCUAAAGGGUCGAAAAAAGCACAUAGAACAUAUGUAUAAAUGAUGCAUUCCUAUAGAAACGCUCUGCAUUUGAAAUAUUAAUAGUUUCUAUAAAACGAACAAUCUAGCUUUCUGCAACAGGCUGUUUAAUGAAAGCAAUACUAUAAGACAAUCCUAGUGAAACCAUGUUUACAUUAAUGACAGUAGAGGAAAAGGUUUCCCUGGUAUGAAACAGCCAGUCAGCUCACAGCGUUAAAGAUGCACUCAGCAAUAUGACAUCAUCAUACACAGCGGGGUGAUUUCCUGCUUGAUGAUGCCAUAUUGCUGAGUGCACCUUUAAGAAGUAGCUCUCCUGGGGUUGGUGGGUGGGUAAGACAGUGUCAAUAAGCAGUACUAAUGUCAAAACACAUGGUGCUCCCACUGAUACUCAGAGCAGCAGCUGUUUGUACCAGAACCAGUCUAGAAUACAGCAGUAAUGUGACUCAAUCAUCGUAUCUGAACCCUAAACUUGUAUAAAGUAUCAAUGUCUUAGAUAAACAAUAUACAUUUUAGUAAUUAGACAUAUUUCAAAUAAUAUAUAUUCACGAUAUUUCAAGUGAUUAGAGAUACUCAAUGAACUAACAGUGGUAGAGUUCCAGUGUGAUUUGACCUUGGUGCUGUUUUCUCUGCAUUGUGAAGGUAGAGCCCCCUGUGUGUGAGUCCUGGUACUACAACGCCUUAAAACAAGCAGUAUUACACACACACACACACAUACACACAUGUAGUGGGGGGAAGGGUGAGGCAUGAAGAGAAGGGGAGAGAAAGGGAGAGAGAAGGGGUUGUGGCAGGGUGGAUGUUAUUACUAUGUGGUUGUUAUGACAAGUGUCUGGUGAUGUUGCUCUAUGUUAGUGUCAGUGCAUACGUUUUGAAUUGUAUUUUUAGCUCUUUAUUUUCUUAACCCCCCCCAGUACAUUUUGACACAGAUGAUUACUGUGUACAGCUAAUUUAUUAUCUGUUCUAUUUUAAUAUCUGCCUUUUGCUGGAGUGUAUCGUACGUGUUGAUCAGAGGUGUGUGUGUACAGCAUGUUGCCUUUUAGUGCUGUUUUCUCUUUUUAAUUCAUCGUAAACUUAUUUUACUACGUCUGUCGUUGUCAUGACUGCGGCCCGUCAUUUCAACUACUCUUAACGCGCCAUAAUAUGUUUAAAAAAAUUAAAUGAAAGCAAAAAAUUAAUACAAAUUAAUAUUUCAGAAUUAAAUGGUUGAUAUACCAACCAGAUGUGGAUGUUUUCGGUAAUAUUUUGUGUGACAACCAGUUUUCUUUCAUAUUUUCUAGUGACAUCUCAUUUGUAAAAUGUUUUUCUACGCAGUUUGUGGCUCUCCAUGAUGAUUGAUAAAUCUGGCCUCCAAGGCUGCAGGUUCUUGAUUAUUGAUAUUUUAUUGAUAUUUUUAAAUCAACUUUGUACAAAUGUGUUGUGUGACUGGGGUUAAAGAAGUGAAAAGAGAAAAAAAGACUUUGCCUGCAUAACACUUUAAAUAAAGUGAUGAAAUCAGUCUAAACCAGUCUCUAUCACUGC